AUGGGCGAUUCUUAUGAGACGAAAUUGCAAACACUGAAAGAAUUAAACAGUUGUUAUGAGGCACUUCUUGAUUUGCGCUGCAUAUUCCCCUCAUGGAGCGAAUUUAAAGACAACUUCUUCUUCCACUGGAAAUUGGUAAUGGAAUAUAGGGAAAAUGGAACUCUUCCAUUCUACUUGGAAACACUUGAACCCAUAAUAUCUUCCCAGGGUAAUUUACCUACCGAAUUGGCCCUUUUACUCGUUUCAAAACUAGACAAUCACCGCCAACAGCGCCAAGAUAAUUUCAUUUGCGAAAAUCUCCAGAGAUUGCUCGAAAAAGAUGCCAAAAUUACUACUAAGGACAACCAGAAUAUACAAAAUCUACAGUUACCAAACCUGGACCGAUUACCUAAUAUGACAUCCAAAGAUAUAAAGAGGAAAAGACUCGACUAUACCGGUAAAAUUGAUAGUAGAGACCACGAUGAAGCCUCAUCAUUUCCCUCCAGGAAAGGCGUAUACUAUGACAAAGGACGCAUGCUAUGGCGAGCUUACUGGAAACAAGAUGGAAGGGUUAUUACUAAAGGGUUCAGCCUAGCUGAAUUCAAAACUCAUGAGGAGGCAAGACGGAAUGCAAUAAUUUGCCGGGAAAUGAAAGAAAGGGAAUUGGGGAUUGCUAUUUAG